UGAGAGUGCAAGUGCGAAACGCAUUCCCAUUUGGCUGCUGCUGGCUGGCUGGUUCUCGUCUGCCCUUGUCUCCGUGCAGAAUUUGCUCUUGCUCGGCAAAGAAAAUCAAGAAUCGCCCGAUUAAUUUUCAAUGAAUCAUCGCGCCAAUGACUGAGUUGCAGGAAGUGCAGCAGUUGGAAUUGCUGUGUAAACAGCUUUACGAAUCGGGCAACUCGGCUGUGCGCGCCGAAGCCGAGAAGGCACUGGUCAACUUCCAAAAUGCGCCGGACACCCUGGCCAAGUGCCAGCUGCUCCUCGACAGGGGCGACUCAAGCUACGCUCAGCUGCUCGCGGCCACCACCCUCACCAAGCUAGUGUCUCGCUCGGCGCAGGGACUGUCCCUCCAGCAGCGAAUUGACAUUCGGAAUUAUGUGCUGAACUACUUGGCCACCAGGCCAAAGUUGGCCAACUUUGUGGUGCAGGCUUUGGUCACGUUGUUUGCCAGGAUCACCAAGCUUGGCUGGUUCGACGUCGACAAGGACGAGAACGUCUUUCGCAAUGUCAUUGCGGACAUAACCAAGUUUUUGCAGGGCUCUGUUGAACACUGCAUGGUAGGAGUUCAGUUGCUUUCGCAGCUGACAUGCGAGAUGAACCAAAUAUCGGAAGCCGACGCCAGCCGCUCGCUCACAAAGCAUCGCAAAAUCGCAUCGUCUUUCAGGGAUACUCAGUUGUUUGAGAUUUUCAGACUCUCGUGCACUCUUCUGGGCCAGGCGCGCGAGAACUGCAAAAGCCUGAACUUCAGCGAUGAAAGUCAACAUGGACUGAUGACGCAGCUUCUGAAGCUUGCCCACAACUGUUUGACAUUUGACUUCAUCGGCACUUCGACGGACGAGAGUUCAGAUGAUCUGUGCACAGUACAGAUCCCGACCAGCUGGCGGCCGGCUUUCCUCGACUUCACCACCCUGAAGCUCUUCUUCGACCUCUACCAUUCACUACCCACCUCGCUGUCCUCUCUAGCUUUGUCGUGCUUAGUUCAAAUUGCGUCUGUCCGUCGGUCUCUCUUCAGCAACACUGAGCGUGCCAAGUUCCUCACCCAUCUGGUCAACGGAGUCAAGCACAUUCUGCAAAAUCCGCAGGGCUUAAGCGACCCAGCCAAUUACCAUGAAUUCUGUCGAUUGCUCGCAAGGCUUAAAUCAAACUAUCAGUUGGGGGAGUUGGUCAUGGUUGAAAACUACCCAGAAUCCAUCCAGCUGAUUGCCAAAUUCACUGUUGAGAGCUUGCAGAUGUGGCAGUUUGCUCCUAACAGUGUGCAUUACCUGCUUAGCCUGUGGCAGCGAAUGGUUGCCUCUGUGCCAUAUGUGAAAGCGACUGAGCCGCACUUGCUUGAGACGUACACACCUGAGGUCACAACUGCUUACAUCACCUCAAGACUCGAGUCGGUUGCGGUGGUUGUGAGGGAGGCUCUGGAGGACCCAUUGGACGACCUUGGCAUGGUGCGACAGCAACUUGAGCAGCUCUCAGUGAUUGGCCGUUGUGAAUACCAGAAGACUUGCUCCCUUUUAGUACAACUGUUUGACCAGUCUGCCCGUUCGUACCAAGAGUUGGCAGGAAACAUGUCACAGACUAUGAAUAUUACAAUCCAAGAAGGCCGACUUACUUGGUUAGUCUACAUAAUUGGUGCUGCUAUAGGCGGUCGUGUGUCAUUCAACAACAAUGAUGAUCAUGACGCCAUGGACGGAGAGUUGGUGUGCAGAGUUUUGCAGCUAAUGAACCUGACCGACUCGAGACUUGGCCAGUCAGGCUGCGAGAAAUUGGAACUGGCCAUGCUGAGCUUCUUCGAGCAGUUCCGCAAAAUCUAUGUUGGUGAUCAGGUCCAGAAGAAUUCCAAAGUGUACCGGAGGCUUUCUGAGGUGCUCGGUCUGAAUGAGGAAUCAAUGGUGUUGAGUGUUUUUAUUAGGAAAAUCAUUACUAACCUGAAAUAUUGGGGAAGAAGCGAGCAGAUUAUUUCCAAAACUCUGCAGUUGUUGAAUGAUCUCUCUGUUGGCUACAGCUGUGUUCGAAAGCUUGUUAAACUCGAAGAAGUCCAAUUCAUACUCAAUCACCACACAAGUGAACAUUUUCCAUUUUUGGGAAAUACUGCUGCCAUCUGUGAAAUGCGGUGCCGAUCUAUGUUCUACACGUCUCUUGGUAGACUACUUAUGGUCGAUCUAGGUGAAGACGAAGAUAGGUUUGACAAUUUCAUGAUGCCUCUGACAGCAUCAUUCGAAUCAAUUGGACAGAUGUUGGCAAAUUCGAAGAGCAACAUGUUUCCUGCCGAGGAAGCAAAAAAAUCCCUCAUUGGCCUAGCCAGGGACCUGAGAGGCUUGGCCUAUGCAUUUAACACUAAAACCUCCUACAUGAUGCUGUUUGACUGGAUCUACCCCACCUACACACCAAUAAUGCUGCAUGCCAUUGAGUUAUGGUUCCAUGACCCACAAGUGACGACACCUGUGCUGAAGCUUUUUGCCGAGCUUGUCCAAAAUAGGUCCCAGCGCCUGCAGUUUGACGUGUCAUCUCCAAAUGGCAUUCUUCUCUUCCGUGAGGCCAGCAAAAUUAUUUGCACAUAUGGUGAAAGAAUCUUGAGUGUGGAUAUUCCCAAAGACCAGAUUUAUCCAAUGAAACUCAAGGGAAUUGCAAUAUGCUUUGGAAUGCUGAAGGCAGCUCUCUGUGGCAGUUAUGUGAAUUUUGGAGUGUUCCGAUUGUACAAUGACGAAGCCCUGGACAAUGCUCUAAAGACCUUCGUAAACAUGCUCCUCGCCAUACCACAAUCAGAUUUACUUGACUAUCCAAAAGUUUCUCAGACCUACUACGUGCUGCUAGAGUGUUUGGCGCAAGACCACAUGAGCUUCCUUGCCACUCUGGAACCCAACGUAUUCCUGUACAUUCUCUCCUCGAUAUCCGAGGGAUUGACUGCAUUAGGUGGGAAUCUCAACAUGUUCACAGACACCAUGGUGUGCACCGGUUGUUGCACCACCUUGGACCACAUAGUCUCCUUCCUUUUCAAGCAACUCACUCAAAAAGGCAAGAAGAGCAGGCGUGCCAGUAUAAACAGCAGAGAAGGCGAAGUAUUUCUUCAGGUGCUUGAGCAGCAUCCAGAAAUUCUCCAGCAGAUCCUGUCUACUGUGUUGAACAUAAUCAUGUUUGAAGACUGCAGGAAUCAGUGGUCCAUGUCCAGACCUCUGCUCGGCCUCAUUCUAUUGAACGAAGAGUACUUCAAUCAGUUACGAGAGAAUAUCAUCCGAGCGCAACUUCCUGAUAAACAACCUGCAAUGGCCCAAUGGUUUGAGAAUCUUAUGGACGGCAUUGAGAGGAAUUUGUUGACCAAAAAUAGAGACAGAUUUACUCAGAACUUGUCAAUGUUCCGUCGAGACAUAAACGACUCGCUCAAAGGUCCCAACAUGGCGGCUGUUGCAUCUGGGAGCGACAUGAUGACAUCCUAGUCGGGAAUGAGAGGACUGAGUGUUGUCACGUUGUGCGGGUAAAUGUGUUAAGAUUUGUGAUCCUUGAUUGGAUAAUUAAUUGAAAGCGUUCAGAGUAAUCCACAUUAAUCGUUGUUGUCAACCCCCACGCAAGCAAGUUUCAUUGCAGCAGUCGUACCUCUAAAUUUUUACCGUAAAUUGAAAGCUCCAUGCUUUUUUACCGGACAGAAAAAAUAUUAAAAUAGAAAACUUUGAUCAUCUUCUACUCACACAUUCAACGUAUGUCCGUUCGAUUUUUAUCUUAAUUUAUUAUUCGGAGGCACAAACAAACAAGUUUAUCGACAUCUAGUAGUGCGAAUUGUCUUACAGAGCACCUCUGUGAUGCUAUAUAAUUACCUCAGAAGCAAUAUUUUGGGAGUCGAAAAGUACGGUUGUGCUGCCUGUCUUAUUAGUUCUUGGUCAAAGACACAUUCCUAUUAUUAAAUAUUAUAUUAUCGGUCGUAAGCCACCUCUAUUAAAAUUACUUCAAUCAGAACCUUUUGAUUAUAUCAUUAAUGUACGAGAGUUGUGUCCUGAUGUGAAAUGGAGAAUAAAAAUGAAAAUUUUUCAUAAGCUUCAAAUGUUGACUGUUCUUGCUAA